AUGUACUUCUCCAACUUCCUCGUCACUCUGGCCUCGAUGGCCUCUAUGGCUUCCGCCAUCCCUGCUCCAGAUGCCCUCCUUGAUACCACCUCCAACAUCUCCCCUAGCGACUUCACCAUCCGCUCCGAUUCCAACAACCUUGAGGCUCGCACCACCUUCUCCUGCCCGGGUGCCAUGUCCUACUGCCCCUGGACCAAGGCCUGCUCAUGCCCUCCCGGCCAGUCCUGGGAUGGCAAGGCCAAGAAGUGCGCUGGCAAGAAGGCUUCCGGCUGCUGGCCCAAGCCCAGUGCCAGUGUCUACGCCGGCGCCGGCGUUGACGUCAAGCUCGGCACUUACUGUGCUGCUUCUCCCUACAAGAUCGUCAAGUACGAUACCAAGCACGCCUACUGCCAGGCCAGCCUCAAGAACACUGUCUUCCUUGCUCCUCUUUCUAUCGGCGCCGAGGUUGCUCUCUAUGGCGGUGCCGCCAUCAAUGUCAAGGGCCAGCUGAGCGCCAGCCUCAAGACCGUCUGUGGUGGUCUUGCUGGUCUCUACCUUGAGAGCAGCGCUGAUGCCGUCGCCCUCUUCAACACCAACAAGUACGGAUAUGCCGUUCGCCCCGGCAGCGUCACUGGUGGUCUCGUCUACGCUGUUGUCGACUUCGUCAAGAGCAUUACCUGCUUCCUCGGUCUCGGUAACUGCCAGGUCUAUGACUGCGUUUCUUACUGCUCCAAGGGCUGCAAGAACUACGUCGAUGUCCGUGGCAGCAUCGGUGGCUAUGUCAACGGACUCGUUGGUUUCUGCAUUGUCAAGGACACCGUUCUCUUUGUCAACAAGGUCGGAGCUUGUGCUUCUGUCAAGAUCCAGGGCCUCAUCCGCAUCGUCGCUAGCAUCCACGUCAGCCUCAAGGGCAUUUUCGGAUGCAACUGCUAA